AUGCCAAGGCUUAACUUGAAUGACCUACCCUUAUUAGAGCACUCAUUUACUGAGGAUGAAUUAAAAGGUUUUGUUGGUGAACUUCAAAGAACACUUAAUGUAUUCAAGAAGAAAUUUGGUAUCAAUGAGAUGACUGCUCAUGAAUAUAUCUCUACCUUCAUAAAAAUUGCAGUUUGUUAUAUACAAGUUUAUACAAACAAAUCUGCACAAUUAAGCAUGGAAAUAGACCUGGAUGAAACAAAAGUAGAAAAUAUGAACAAGAAAAUAGCUCAAGUUCUUGUACAAAUGCAUAGCGCAGCAAAGCAACAAUUGGGUAAACGCAAGCAUAGCCAAAUGAAACAAGCAAUAUUCAGAAUAGUUACAACUAGAAAAUUAUAG